UAAUAUUUACCGUGAAAAUCUUUUGCUCGAAGGAGAUCGUUUUUGUAGGUUUAGGAAAAUUCACAAAAUGUACCACCUUUGCAGGUUAGAAAAUUGAAUUUUGUUGCUUCGUAAAAAAAUCUGUCAAAAUUGACAUUACGACAUUUGUUGUUGUUGUUGCUUUUUUCUUUGACAGUGGAUAUUGUGUUUUGGAUUAGUGAAAAAAAUUGUCUGUGAAAAAUCUUUUGAUUUCGAAAAUAUGGGAAAAUCAAGAACAAAAUACGACAGAAUUAAAGGUGAAAGAGAUGAGGAAGUUAUGCAGGUUGCUCUACAGCAGAUUGUAUCAAACAGGCUGAGAAUCAAAGAUGCUUCCGUGAUGUUCGGAAUCCCAAAGACCACCUUGUAUUCCAGGCUGCAAAUAGUUAAAAAGCAAUUGCCGGAGUCGCAGGAGGUGUCUCUGAUGAUGGGGUUAAAGAAGAAGGACAUGAUAAACAAAUUUGCGUCACGGCAAAUUUUCACCAUGACCCAGGAAAAGAACCUUGUGGCUUAUCUAUUGGCCGCCUGCAAGCUCAAUUUUGGGCUUACACUACAAGCAACCCGAGAGCUGGCAUACCAAUAUGCAAUCAGCGUUGGUCAGAAGGUUCCGGAAAGUUGGGAGAUAAACAAGAAGGCUGGACAGGCAUGGGCCUAUUGGUUUCUGAAGAGACACAGCGAAAUUUCUCUACGAAAACCAGAAGCAACUUCCAUUGCAAGGAACUCGAGCUUUACACGAGCGAAUGUGGAAAUUUUCUUUAAAAAUCUGGAAGAAAUCAUGAAGCAACACGAAUUUGAGCCUGCCAGAAUAUUUAAUAUGGAUGAAACAGGACUCAGUACUGUACUUCAACCUCCAAAGGUUUUGGCAGAUAAAAAAGCUAAACAAGUGGGGAAAUGCGUCACGACAGAACGAGGGGAAUCCAUAACAAUUUGCGCAUUUGUUAAUGCGGCUGGUGAAAGUAUUCCUCCAGUCUACCUUUUCCCUAGAAAGAAAACCCAUCCAGAGUAUAUGGAAGGUAGUCUGGAGGGGUCUAUCGCAUUCUACAAUGAUAGAGGAUAUAUGGAUUCGCCCACGUUUCUUAAAGUCCUUGAUCAUUUCAAAAAUCAUACUUUUGCAUCGACAAAUAAUGAAAUCUUGCUUAUUCUUGACAAUCAUGCAUCCCACUUGUCUCUGGAUGCAAUAAAAUUUUGCAGAGACAGUGGGAUACACAUGCUGACUCUUCCACCGCACACUAGCCACCGAACACAACCGUUAGAUCUCAGUGUCUUCGGCCCAUUUAAGGCCUACUGUGCGAGCGCUUUCGAUUCUUGGAUAUCAGCAGGAGGUGGCAAUCGAGUAAAUCUACGUAAUAUUGCCAGACUCUCUGCAGAACCACUCCGAAAAAGCAUGACAUCCAAGAAUAUCAAGGCAGGGUUUUUGAAGAGUGGAAUUUAUCCCUUGAACAGCGCUAAGUUGCUUUCAUCCUUUGAGCCAACUAAGUACGAGUCCACGUCGACGGAAGUUUGUCGCAGCGUGUCAGGAGACAACCUUGGAAAUAUAUCAACUUCAUCAUUUUCAACGGCUUCAACAGCAAUUAUUCCAAAAAUCGCAUUUUCCCACGAGGCCACUACUCAAGUAAGAAUUCCUCCUGAAAUCAUUAAUGAAGAAAGUAUUCCUAAAUUUCAUCAUCGUGAAGAAUAUGCAGAGUACAAUGAGCAAGAUAGAUUCCCUCAAGACUUCCAGGAAGAGGUCUUUCCUGAACCUCCUCAUCAUAGAGAGCAUAACGAAAAAAUGAUUCCCGUCCAGAGCUUUGUGUCACAGCAGGAGUCGAUCUCAUUCGAUGAUCAAAUUCUAGAUUUAUCUACUCCACGCCAAGAAGCAUAUGACUGUAAAAUGCUAACAGUUGGUCCUAAGAAGAUUUUCCCUAUAGCUGAUGGUCCAUUCGAUCUUUCUAAAUCAUCCAAUUUAAAUGUGGUUCCUCAACAUUCUGAGCUUACAUUUGGAGGCUUGGAAGUGCUCCGGCCACUUCCAGCCCCUCCCAGCAAGUCAAACCAAUCUACACGUAAUAAAACAAUGCAGUCUGUUAUAGCCACUGGAUCACCGGAACUUCAAAGAAAGAAGCAGAUGGCUAUGAGGAAACGGAUCAAGGACGAAAAGAAGGAAAUAAAUGACCAAAAGAAGAUUCAGAAAAAAGGCACUGCAAGAGGUGUCAAAAGGACGAUUAUGCCUGAUACGGAGUUGCCAGUAGUCCCACAGAAGAAACGAGGACGACCUCGUAAAGUACCUCUGGGAGAAAUUUCAAAGUAAAAAUAUCCUAGAUGCUAAUACUUACAAGCUGUAAAAGUAUAUUAUUCAAUAUUAUCUCAAAUUUGGGUUUGUAUUUACUUAUUUUGAGUUACAGAAUUGGAUGUAAAAUGGAUUGUUAUCACAGCGAACACUUUUUCUCAAUAAAAAUAAUGUUGAAUAUCA